ACUACAAGAGAAAUUUUUCAUGGAAGGAUAUUUCUCGUGCAAGGUAAGACCAAUGGAGGGAAGACUAGUCUUACAUGAAGGGGGUGAUAAGGAGGAGAUGAAGGAUUUGGCAGAAUUAGCACCGAAAUGGUUAAGGCAAUGGUUUGAGGAUAUAAAACCAUGGAACCCAAGAAUGGUUGCAAGAGAAAGGAAUGUGUGGGGGAAAUUUAUCUCCACAGAUGAUAGCACUAGCAAAAAGAAAAGAUUUGAUAUUGGGAGAAUUCUGAUAUCCACCCCUAUUAUGGAGUUCAUUUCAAAAUCAAUGAACAUAAGAGUGAAUGGCGUGCCAUUUUUUAUCAAAGUAAUGGAGGAAGAGGCAACUAAUGGCAUCUUCUCCAUGACGUCUGACCAUGUGUUCAAAGAGUCAAUUGAUUCAGAAGAUAGUAGUUCAGAAAUGUGGUCCUUGUACAAUGAUAUCGAUGGUGCUGUUGACGAGUCUAUUCAAGGUGAUGGUUGCUCUGUUCAAGGUGGUGGUUGCUCCAAGCACUCCUCCAAAUGUGCAAAUGGGAAGGUUGAAGAUGAUGACAAGGAAAGAAGAGCCAACGUGGAGAGCAAGAAUGUAAUGGUAGAUGACGUGGAAUUUGAGUAUGGGCGAGAGCGAGAAGAAAGUCGACUUGAUAGCCAAGGGAAGAAGGCAACGGCUAGACAAAAGAUAUUUGAAUUUGAAAAUGUGGAAAAUAGCUUGAUGAGUGCUGAAGAAUCCAUCAAACAAUCAGAUAAUGAAUGCAUUGCUGCAGGCAUCGAGAAUACUCGAGGACUUCUUAUCAACACCCAAGGGGAGACGGCGGAGGAGGUAGGCUAUGUGUCUGAUAGCCUGUGUGAGCAUUUAAGGCAGAGCCAGGAACAAGAUUUAAAAAGAGGGAAGGGAGAAUUAAUCAGGCCAACCAAUCCAAGCCCAAGCAAAAACCAAAGGGGCGAAAGGGGUCUUAGGCCGGACCAUCAAGCAUGUUUGGGGGAUGGAGAAAUUUGGGCCACAAACUUGGGACCGGGAGCAGCAAAAAAGAAUAAAGUUAGUAAAGAUAAAGGUGCUGGAGUGGAGAGAGAAAAGAGAGAUGAUAUGUGUGAAAAGGAAGGGGAGAAACAGAGAGGUGAAGGAAUCUUCGACGGAGUGGAAACUGACAGAGUAGGAAAGGAAGGCAAGAAAAAAGGGGUGAAAGAACUAGUUGCUCAGGAGAAGGUAGAGUUCUUAUCAGUACCAGAAUCCAAGGUAAAGGUCGUUGAUGCUCAACUCUGCAGAGCUCUAUGGGGAUCGGAUAAUUUUGAAUGGGUUGCUCAACCCUCAAAAGAGUGGCAACGUCCAGUGCUAGAUGGAAUUGAAUUUAAGAAGAUUUCAACAGAGGAGGGGUCAAUGUUGGAAGCACCGUUCAAGGAGGAAGAGGUUAAACAAGCAGUGUGGAGUUGUGAGAGUUCAAAGGCACCGAGGCCUGAUGGGUUCAACUUCAAAUUCAUCAAGGAAAUGUGGGAGGUAAUCAAAGGGGAUAUAUUGGGGUUUGUUGACGAUUUCCAAAAGCAUGGAAAACUGGUCGGAGGGGUUAAUAGUAGUUUCAUUGUAUUAAUACCUAAAGUCGACAACCCACAAAAAAUAGAAGAAUUUAGACCCAUCUCACUAGUUGGUGUCAUGUACAAAGUAAUUGCCAAACUACUAGCACAUAAGCUGUCUUCAAUUUUAAAUGGAGUGAUUGGGGAAAAUCAGAUGGCUUUCAUCGGAGGAAGGCAACUUGCAAAUAGUGUGGUCAUCGUAAAUGAGACUAUAGAUGAGGCUCAAAAAGGGAAAAAAGCAGGGUUCAUAUUUAAACUUGACUUUGAAAAGGCGUAUGAUAAAGUUUGCUGGGCCUUCUUGGACUACAUGAUGAUGAGACUAGGAUUUGGCCAAAAAUGGAAAGGGUGGAUGACUGAAUGCUUGAAGACAACGGAGGUAUCGGUGUUACUCAACGGGAGCACCACCAGACAGUUUAAGAUGCAAAGAGGACUCAGACAAGGUGACCCGUUAUCCCCCUUUCUAUUCUUAAUAAUUGCGGAGGGUCUUAAUGGCAUCAUCAAAUCAGCAAUUUCACAUGGACUGUUUGAGGGGAUUACAGUUGGUCAAAGUGGCUUGAAAGCAAAACCAAGAGCAUUUCCCAAAUGGGUCACUGGAACAAUGGGAGAUGGACCUGGUCAUUACAGUGGAGAAGACCCACCUUUUCUUGGGAGGAAGAACCAUUAUCAGAGCUGUGGGGUCUAUUGGAGGCAAACCAACCAACUAUGGGACGAGAAGAUCACUGGGAGUGGAGGCAUGAUAAUGAUAAUGGCAUGUAUUCAGUGAAAUCUGGAUAUCAGGUCCUCUCAAGUAAUCAAAAUGAAAGCAGGAACAACAUACACGAAAGAGUUUGGUGCAGACUUGUUCCUACAAAAAUUUGCACUUUCGUGUGGAAAGUCUUACAAAAUAGAAUCCCCUCAAAGUUGAAUCUACUCAAAAGAGGUAUCAUUUUAGAUUCUAGCCUUGCUACAUGUAGUUUAUGCAAUGAGGGCAUGGAAGAUAUAAAUCAUUUGUUUCUGC